AACUGAAUAACGCGAUACGGAAACUGAAAAUAGGGGCGGCGCUGCCGUCAGCAGCAGUGUUGGCGCGUGUCUAUGAGGUGAUUCAUGACGCGAGACUCGCGGGCGCUUUCGUUGUCUUCGUGUCCAGCUAAAGUUUUGAGGAGACCUCAAACACCGAUAAAGUUUGCGUGACAGGCUGUUUUAGCCUACGCAAAGGCCAACAUGAGUGGGGACAACUUGAAAGCGUGUGACGGAAAAGCCGGCUCCAACAGCGAGCUUGAUGCUAGGAGCAUUUUUGGGGGAAUGUUUGGCAAGCAGUCGGCUUCCCCGUAUCCUGUGCUACCCACAUCGCUUGAGGCGGAAGAGUACAAGAUGUCGCACCGAAGACGUGGCAAGUGCGUCAUCUUCAAUAACAGGACUUUUGAAAGCCACACAAAGCUUAGUGAGCGAAGAGGCACGGAUUUGGAUGCAGACAACCUUCGGAGCUGCUUCCGUGAUUUGGGCUUUGAAACAGUCAUGUACACUGAUCUGUCAUGCAACAAAACACGGGACAUCCUGGAGACACUUGGAAGGCAAGACUACGCGGACGAUGACUGCUUUGUCUGCUGCUUCUUGACACAUGGCGAAUGUGAUGUUCUGUAUGGAACGGAUGGCAAGUUUCCGGUUGACACCGUUAUUGAGCCAUUUCGUGGAGAUGCCUGUCCCAGCCUUCUUGGGAAGCCCAAGCUGUUCUUCAUUCAGGCCUGUCGUGGAGAUCGACUUGAUGCUGGUGCCCAGGCAGUUCUGGACACCUCAGACUCGCCUACCCGGAUAUACCGCAUUCCCACUCAUGCUGACAUCUUGGCCGCUUACUCCACUGUGCCAGGUUUCUACUCGUGGCGUAGCACGAUGCAAGGCACCUGGUUCAUCCAGGCCCUCUGCUCUGUGCUUCGACAACGGGCACAAUACGCAGACUUGCUCUCGAUGCUGACGGUGGUUUGCCGCCAGGUCGCCAUCCACUGCGAGUCCUACACUCCAAAUGACCUCCACAUGCACCGCAAGAAGCAGGUUCCUUUCAUCACCUCCACUUUGACCCGGCUGGUGCACCUCAAGCGGCAAAGCUGAAAGCGGCCUCCUCUUAGCCGCACUUGAUCGACCAAGUCGAGCAGGGCCGCCUUACGUAAAUCACCGUAUUCACAAACACGCCUCUGCUCAAAGCUCUUGCUGAAAGAGGUCCUGAAAUAGCUUUUAUUGAAACCUGAGCAACGCGCUAAAAGUUGUGCGAUACCUUUCAAGGAGUAUAUCCCAAAGAAAUAUUUAAGAGGAGCGAACGUGAACCCAGUUACACCGGCUGUUUUGCAAGCUUUAACAAAGCUAAAAAAAGAGAGAGAAGUCGCACAUUAUGCGAGUGGGACCAAUGACAUAUUGUUCUUAGUUGUCUAGACUUACUCAUAAUUUAUGAAGUGCAAUUGACUAAUCAGUUGAACAGGGUCUAAAGAGAAAUGCAAGUUGAGCCCUGUCUUUGUAAGUUGCUCUUCUACAGUCAGUGCCAGAAAAGGCACUCUUACAUGAGAGGAGACCUGACAAGCGAGUAAGUGUGCAAAAAUGAAAGAUCGGUGGUGACAUUGCUUUCAAGUUCUUGCAUUAGCUUGCCAUCAUUUCACGGCUUUUGACACUGUCUGCAGAGGUGUACUUAAUCUUUUAUCGAUAAAGAUUGACUAGCAAGUUUUCAGAGCUUUUAUUGCACUGUAACUGCAGAAAUGUAAAAUACUACUCUCAAAAAGUCUGGGACGUAACACUGACACACAGGCACCACAAUUUCAACUUGUAAUCUAAAAAUGAAAUUUUGGCCUUUACUUUCUCUUCAGAUAAUCGACGGUUACUGCAAUAUCAAUAGGAACAAAGUUUUGAACAAUUGUAUCAUCAGUCUAAACUGCCUUUGUGCUUAAUUAUGCAAUGUUUGAAGCAGCCAUUACAGCUGUUUGAAAUAAGAAAGGCCACUUACCACCAACACAACAAGACAGGGUUUCGCAAUCUGUGCAGUGUGGAACCCAAAACGUCACUUCAUUUUGGAGUGUGAGCAAUGGAUGAAUAUGGGCCCUGAACUGUCUUUCUCUUUUAGACUGCCUACAAGGUAGGUAGGGGUUGAUCGGUGUCUAGGUGAAUGUUGGAGGCAGCAUGCUUCCAUCUACUCCACUUCACUUGUCAACAUGAGGGAUCUGUAGAAAUCCUGAAAAAUGCCACUUUGUUUUGACAUUAUAGUGCAGCCUCCUGUUUGAAUAUCUAACAAUGCUUCAACUUUAUACCACACUGCAUUAUCAUGUUGCCAUGAUGGUGAAGAAUAGAACUGCUACAGCAUUAGUUAAAGAUUGAACUCUUUAUUGGGUGUACUUGUGCCCAGACAAACAAGCAACACUCACAGCACAACGAUAGCAGUGAGCAUAGUCGUCGAGAAUCCAAUUUAUGGGUCAACCGUGUUGCUCUGCUAAACCCGAAGAGGUGGGAUCAAAUCCCAGCCACGGCGGCAACACUUCGAUGGGGGCAAAAUGCAAUAACGCCUGUGCAUCGCGCUUAGUUUGGGUGCACGUUAAAGAACCCCAAGUGGUCAAAAUUAAUCCGGUAUCCGCUACUAUGGCGUGCCUCAUAAUCAUAUUGUGGUUUUGGCAUGUAAAACGCCAGAAUGAAAUUUAAAAUUUUUGGGUCAUGCAUGUCGGCUACUUAUGCAUGACUAAUCAUGCGUACCCACGUAAUCACUGGUGUUUGCGUACCACUACUUGCAUUGCACAUGUAAUCUGGUUGUACAGGGUUCUCUCGCAAUGGAAUUCAUGACUGACAGCGCUCGACAAAGUUCUGAUACGUGCAGGGUUGUCUUGCACUUUGUGAUAACUUUUAACAGUUGUUAGCUGUUGAACAAGUGUCCCUGGAAAAAAGGGUAAACAAAGUAUGUGUGUCAGUAUUUGUCAGUAUUCCGUUUUCCUAUUAAGAGGAGCACCAACACUCAGUUUCAGAGUUCUGGUAGCUCUACCGCACAUUUCUCUCUCGUAAAAGGAUGACGUUUGUCAAGCAUAAAGGUUAUGUUAGGCCUAAUUACAUCGGCCAAAUUCAGACAGCUGUCAUCCUCUCCCUCAUGGCACUGGUUUCUGUUUUUGAGUAUUUUCUUGAGAGUUUUUAUUGAGAAUGCGAUGGCAGUGACAUUGGCCAAUACUCCCAGCAGUGCUGGCAUCCUGUUAGUAGGCCAAGAAACGCUCCAUCCGGAUAGAAACUGGUCCCGUGUUAGGGACACGAUGGCCAGAAACGCCAGACCUGACAUCAUCGUCGUGACAUAGCUGAAUUUCAGGACAUUGUGCAGCAAUAAAUAUAUAGUUAUGAUGACGUUGCUCUUAAAAAAAGCAAACAAGAGAACUGCGCUUGUUGUGAGUGUGCUUGUGCUUCGCAGCUGCAGCAAUCGCAGGACCAAAGUGAGCCAGCCUGUCGUGACAUCAUGAUGUAUCCGUUGCGUGAUUAUAGAAACUGAGACUGGUUCGUAGAAGGAAAUAAUACCAUGAAUUAGGGUCAAAAAUGUUGUGUCACUAUAACUACGGGAGCCAACACCCUGAGCUUGUCUAGACAAGAGCAUUGCUAACACUCUGUGAUUGUUCAAUUUUGUGUAUCGUGCAGUAUUGACAUGAAUAAGUGUUUCUUUUUCUGUUUCCUUGAAUUGUGCAAGUAUUCAAGCAAGUAUCCUUUUACUGCCUUAUACAAUUGUAGCCAUGUCACAUAUGAUUUUUCUUAUUAUUAUUUUCAGGUUUAUGAAACGUAUGUUAUUUUUUCACUGGAUCAUUAUCACCUGUGCCCUUCAAUGUCUCUUUCUUUGCAGUUACAACAGACCCAACAGUAUACUCGCAAAAGAACAUGCGAACAGGGGGAGAGCACAUUCUUGUCUAUGUCUUCCCCCGCUAGAAAAAUUAUUAGUAUCAACAAGGAAUUAACUAGCCCGGCUUUUUGAUCGUCAGAACAGUGUGAUAUUCACUUUACUGCAGUAGCUAUAAUGGUCUCUCUUCUAAGUAGAGUGCUUCAGGUUGCAAGGUCAACACUGGCCGUGGUAGCCACAUUUCAAUGGGAGCCAAAUACAAAAACGCCCAUGUAAAAUCCCAGAUGGUGUGAAAUGUAAUCCAGAGUUUUCCACUCGUUAUUAGGUCGUUGAUUUCGCACUUAAUAUCCAAGAAUUUAAUUUAAAAAUUUUUAUCCCAGACAAAGUGCAAUUUACAAAUAAAUUUGAUCUCUCUUCUCUCCCCCUUUUUUUGCUCAACAUGAUUAUGUUUUUAGUGAUUGUCAUCGACAUCAUUGAAUGCAACUGUAAAAAAAAUUCCUGGAAAUUGAUGCUAAUUGGUGCGCAGAUGCACUGACUUGAGUAAGCUGGUCAUCACGGGGCCACCAUUAGGCCAACACAGGUUUAUUCACGAGUCUCAUAACGUGGAAGGUUCCCGCAUUGCCCCUACUAUCACUGUGACCAUUCUCUUGACGGGGCCCUGCCAAUGUGGCCCUGCUGGAGCUAUGAUGUCUGUCCUGCACUCCUCAGUCUUCGAAUAUGCAACACACUCAAUGUGCUCCAGCAUCAUUUGUGCCAUCCAGUACUUCAGCCCCAGGUACUCAAAAGACGGCACCUUUUUUGUGCCUUUGUGAAACUUCAAUAUUUUUUUUACUGUGCUGUUUGUUUAUGCAACCGGUGUAUGCUCUUUUUAUAUAUACGAUACCCACACAUCUUCGUUAUGCAGGCCAUUCACAAGUGAUCAAUUCUGAAUGUUCUCCUUUUUAUAAAACUGUUGUCUGCAGAUGAUUCACUGUCAACUGGUGUAUAAAUAAAUAAAUAAAUAUAUAUACUGUA